ACCUUGACCCUUAUGGACGACGGUACACCACUCCCUGGGAUCGUGCUGGCUCACCGCGAUCCUGGUCUCGUCUCAAAAUCUCUGAUUGACUCUAAAUACCCACGCAGAAGCACGAAUCAAUUCAACAACGGCUCACACGGUGGUGCAGAUGGCUCCCACGGCCGCAGAUAGCACUCCCCAUCUUGACGUUCGACGUUCAAAUCCCGCAACUCCAGCGCUGUUUGCAUAUCGAAUCGACGUCACUGUGCCUAUUCGACUUCUCGAUCAGGGUGCUGAUGGGCAGCGGGCGCUUUGCAUUUCGUCACCUGCCGCGGCUGAUCUUGACCGGGAUCCUGAAGGGGCUGGGCCGUUCGUUUGUCUGCUCGAGCUGCUGCGUCUGGCUUGCCAAAACUUGGACAGAAGAUCGAGAGGGGUCAGUGCAGGUACACCGUUUGUGGUAUGAGGAUGAGGUCGGCCGCUGCAAGAGACCGUUGUUUGUUGAGAAGAGAAGCUACGCUGUGAGCGUCGCGCGCACGAUCAUCAUGAUUCCUCCCCGCGGAUUCGCUGCAUUCCCUGAUUACCGCUCUGCCCAGACAAAUGAUGCAUACGGUGUCUGGGCAGUGCAGGGGUGGGUGUAUAUAACCUUCUCGUCUCCAGAAGACCCUCCCGAGCGAGCAUGGACCCCGCAAAGCAGGUCGUUGACCUCGUAGCUGACGCAAGGACGACGAAUUACCUCUCAGUCGCGCUGUUGACCAUCGCAUUGCACGAGUAUAUCUCGACGUUCGAAUACGAAAUUCGGUUGAUCUGGAAAACUCGCCUCAGCUUGGCGAACAUCAUCUAUAUCCGCUACUUCACUCUCGCCGCCGUCAGGUCCGUCGAUUUCGCAGUCAUGCUGCGAGAACAAACUUCGGACAAGGUCUGCCAGACUAUGCUCCUUGUGGAAAUGGCCUCGUCAACCUUGGUUACCGUGCUGACUGAUAUUAUCCUUGCCCUACGAGUGUGGAUUCUUUACCAUAGAUCGCGCAAGGUGCUCUAUCUGUUUAUCGGACUCUCGAUAAUGGAGGCCAUAACCAUGUCGUUGUUGGGAUAUCACACAAUUAGGCCACUGACUGCAUAUGCCCACCUUGGCCCUGUCUUGCAAGGCUGCUACUCCCUCGAGGUCCCUCGGCUAUUCACGUUCUAUGCGCUGCCACCCUACGUCAUCGGAUUGACCAUGUUCAUCAUGACCAUGCUCCAAUGCCGCUCGACGAUCUCCACACUCGGCUGGCGCCACACCCCCGUGAUGGCGCUCUUCCUGCGGGACGGCGUGUUCUGGUUCAUCUCCCUGUUAUUGGUCGGCACAGUCGAGCUCGUGCUGUGGCGCGAUGCGCGGCCCACUCUUGCACAGGUACCCGUCAUCCCGGGGACGGUGAUCAUGGCGCUGAUCGGCGCGCGCGUGCUGCUGAAUAUCAAGGAGAUCACGACGGACGUGCCGGUGCGGGACAUUUCGACGAUCGAGGUCUCGGACCUGCGGUUUUCGCUGGGAGUCCGUGGGUGAGGUCACGUUCGCUCGCGUGUCGUGCCGGAGGGGUGCCUGCGUGUGAUCUAUUUAUCAGCAUCUUUAAAUCACACAGUCUGCGGGGAGAUAAAGUACCCGAAUAAAACGAUCUGCAGCGUGUAAAUAGCUGACUGGGUGAUUGUUUUAUCUCGAGAGGAGUCAGAGGACUGGAUAUAUGCGAGCGACUCGGAUAGUCGUUUGGCUGAAUUGUUUGUUGGUGAGCUGAUAGUAAGUAAUAUGCAAACGUGGAUUCCUAAACACAGCCAGUGGUGGUACAAAUUGACUAAUUCUUUAUUCUCAUCCCUUUACUUUGACGCAUGCCGAAUCGGAGGACGCAUCUUGGAGACUCAGUAGGGCACGAUGUUUCCCUUGACCGAAGAGACAGCGGUCUCGGCCGGGAUCUCGUCCUUCUUCGCGUACUGCGGGCAGAGAACGAAACGAAUUAACGAGGGCAAGGUGCGAAGAACGAUGAACGCGGGAACAUACGGCGUAGUUGUUGUGUCCGCCAUGCCCGUGACCGUCGCGGUCUCCGCCGUAGCCACCGUGCUCGUGCUCGUACUCGUGGCUAUACCCCUUCUUCUCGAGCUGCACAUCCUCAGAACGACAUUUCUCACAGCAGAGCGGGUCACAUACAGCAUAGUAGUGGCCACCGUGGUGGCCGUUGUGACCGCCACCGUAUCCGUGACCUCCCUGAUGACCUUCGCCACCGUGUCCGUAACCAAAGCCUUUCUUUUCGAGCUGCGCUAUCGUCAGAUCACGGUUCAAAGAACGCCAACCGUCUCGCACAGCAUAGUAGUGGCCACCGUGGUGCUCGUCAUGACCGCCACCAUAUCCCUGACCGCCGUGGUGCCCCUCGCCACCGUGUUCGUAUCCGAAUCCCUUCUUUUCGAGCUGCAGAACCGUCAGCCAGGCUAUCUGACGAGUCGACGAAACCGACGCACAGCGUAAUGGCCUCCGUGGUGACCUCCGUUGUGACCGUACCCUCCGUCGUAUCCGUGGUCGCCGUGCCCGCCCUGGUGGCCGUGCUGUCCGCCGCCAUAGCCAGGGCCCUCUGCCGGCCCGGGGCCAAAGCGUCUCUCAGCUAGCUGUUGGGGCCCGUCGUCAGUUUAGACGGGCAAGAGGCGCACAAACGCGGUGAAAAUGAGGCAGACCGGGUAGUAGCCGCCGCCGCCGCCGCCCCGGUGGUUGCUGUUCCCGCCUCCAUACCCGUUGCCGUGGCCGUGACCUUCGCCGUGACCUUUGCCGUGGUCGCCGUUCUCGUGGCCGUAGUUCUUCUUUUCCAACUGCUCGGUGCUGGGGGUCGGGGCCUGCAGCAGCCAAUGUCCACAUUAUCAGCGAUCUCGAAUAUCAUAUGCGACUCUGUGCGACACGCACCGCCGCGACGCCAACGGCAAAGACAGCCAGAACAAGGGUAGUCAGGGUUUGGAAGCGCAUAUUCGAGUCGAGGAUUCAAAGGACGCUGAGGUUGAUUCGACCUUGGAGUAUUCUCUGCGCGGCCUCUGCAGCUUUUAAACCCUCGCUGACCUCGUCCUGCAGCGACGGAUUCCCCCGCACUAACACACCGAUACCACCUUGCAAAAUCCACCACUGAAUACCACGCACAGCGCCGGCGAGCUCGGCACAUCCCUUCCAGUCUCAUUACCGAAGCGGGGAUCCUGGAAUGGGGGUGCGACACCACUGCGGUUGCCAUAGCACGCGCGAUUACGCCGGUCUCCGCUGGCUGGAGGCGAACAGAGCCAUAUUGCGCACGACGUGCCCCGGAUUGCUGUGCCCGUGUAAGGCGAAACGAUACUGAGAAGCGGCUCCAUAUUUCUCGUAACGCUGUGGAGUGAGAGAAGGAACAGCCUUUGUGAGACUCGAGGGCCAAGAAUAUUAACCAGCCCUUGUCGACAAAU